AUGAAUUUGGUCAAUAAAACUGUUGUAUCUGAAUUCAUUCUCCUGGGAUUUCACACCAUUCGUUCAGUUGACAUUGUCAUCUUCAUUGUUUUCUUCUUUGCAUAUGCAUUAACCAUUUCAGGAAAUGUCAUGUUAAUUGUAUUAGUGGUGGCCAAUCAUGGUCUUCAGUUGCCCAUGUAUUUUUUAUUGGGUAACCUCUCAUUUCUUGAACUCAUGAUCACAUCAACUGUAGUUCCUAAAAUGCUAAUAAAUAUGAUCACAGGAAAGAAGACAAUCUCCUUUCUGGGCUGUCUUACCCAAUCGUUCUUCUAUUUUCUGAUGGGAUCUACUGAAUUUUUCAUAUUGGCUAUCAUGUCCAUAGACCGCUAUCUUGCAAUUUGUUACCCACUACGCUAUACUUUGAUUAUGAACAAUAAGACUUGUUUCCAGUUUUUAUUGGGGUCGUGGAUUGGUGGUUUCAUGAUUAUUUUAAUUCCCAGCAUUGUGACAGCUGGGUUACCAUUCUGUGGCCCAAAUAUUGUUAAUCACUUCUUCUGUGACAGUGCACCUUUACUCAAACUGGUCUGUAGUGACACAUUGCUAGCUGAAAAUAUUGAUUUUGGGACUUCUUGUAUAUUACUUUUGGGAUCACUUUUUGUAACCACUAUAUCUUACAUGUAUAUUAUUAUUGCUGUAUUGAGAAUACCUUCAGCACAAGGUCGUCAGAAAGCCUUCUCAACUUGUGCAUCUCACAUCACUGUGGUCACGCUAUAUUAUGGGAGUUCUAUCUUUAUUUAUGUCCGCCCAACCAAAGGAAAUGUGCUUGAUUUUAACAAAAUGGGCACUGUGCUGAACACAAUAGUGACUCCCAUGUUGAAUCCUUUCAUUUAUGGUCUUAGGAAUGAGAAAGUGAAGAUUGGACUAAGAAAUGUCCUAAAAUCAUUCUUCAACAAUGAAAUGAAAAACUUAAAAAAUAUAGACAGAAUCAAGAAAUAG